AUGGUGCUAGAGAGUCUGACAUAUUCAAGUGUAGCAGGUACGGGAAGCUACUGGUUCACAACCAAGAAGCAAAGAGGUGAGGAGCCAGAUGCAGGAUCUAAGCGUGACAUCGCUGCGCUGGUGGUUGACAACGGCUUCGGCAUGUGUAAGGCCGGCUUCGUGGGCGAUGACACCCCUCAGGUUGUCUUCCUCUCCAUCGUGAGGCGCCCUCAGCACCAGGACAUGAUGGUGGGCGUGGGCCAGAAGGACUCCUACUUGGGGGAGGAAUCCCAGAGCAAGAGAGGCAUCCUGACCUUCAAGUACCCCAUUGAGCAUAGCAUUGUCACCAACUGGGACGACAUGAAGAAGAUCUAGCACCACACUUUCUACAACGAGCUGCGUGUGGCCCCCGAAGGGCACUCUGUGCUGCUGACGGAGGACCCCUGAACCCCCAAGGAUAACCGGGAGAAGAUGACCUAGAUCAUGUUUGAGACCUUCAACACCCCUACCAUGUACGUGGCCAUCCAGGCCAUGCUGUCCCUGCUACAGCUUCACCACCACAGUUGAACGGGACUUGUGCGUGACAUCAAGGAGAAACUCUGUUAUGUUGCUCUGGACUUGGAGCAGGAGAUGGCCACGGCGGCUUCCCCGUCCUCCUUGGAGAAGAACUAUGAGCUGCCAGAUGGGCAGGUCAUCACCAUUGGCAAUGAGCGUUUCCGCCGCCCUGAGGCACUCUUCCAACCUUCCUUCCUGGGCUUGGAGUCUUGUGACAUCCAUGAAACUACCUUCAACUCCAUCAUGAAGUAUGAUGUUGACAUCCACAAGGACCUCUACGCCAACACAGUGCUGUCUGGCAGGACCACCACGUACCCAGGCAUCACUGACAGGAUACAGAAGGAGAUCACAGCGCUGGCCCCCAGCACGAUGAAGAUCAAGAUCAUCGCUCCCCCUGAGCGCAAAUACUCCAUGUGGAUUGGUGGCUCCAUCCUGGCCUCUCUGUUCACCUUCCAGCAGAUGUGGAUCAGCAAGCAGGAGUACGACGAAUCUGGCCCCUCCAUCAUCCACCGCAAAUGCUUCUAG